UCCUCGGACCCAGAAGUCUCCACAAAGGGAACAUGUCUCAGCCCGAGCAGAGAGGGGACGCGGAGCAGCAAACCGGAUCCCCGCCGAACCCGAGGGCGGUGUGCAACGUGUGCACGCGCCUCUUCCGGGACCCUAAGAUCCUCCCCUGCCUGCACACCUUCUGCGCGGACUGCGUCGGCCGGCUCGAGCCCUUCGCGGUGUCCUCGCGCAAGCGUCCGGAGGACGGCCGCAGCGAGGCGGCGGAGGCGGACCGGCCCGCCGGCACCGUCACGGUGCUCUGCCCCGACUGCGACUCCGAGGUGGACCUCCCCGCGUCGGGACCGGGGGGGCUGAGCACCGACCACCUGGCGCUGCACGAGGUCUUCCUGGAGACCCUGGCGACGGACGGCCCGCUGGGAUGCGACCUGUGCGGCGAGGGAGGCGCCGAGAGCCGCUGCGACGUCUGCUGCGUCAACCUGUGCGCGUUCUGCUGCCAGGCGCACAGGCGUCAGAAGCGCACGGCGUCCCACCCCGUCCCGCGCCUGGAGGAGCUGAAGUCCCGCGGCGGCCUGCGCCGCCCGGUCCUCUGCUCGCUGCACCCCGACCAGGAGCCCCGCCUCUUCUGUCCGCCCUGCGACCUGCCCGUCUGCCUGGAGUGCGCCGCCGCGCUGCACCGCGACCACGGCUGCCGGCGCGCCCUCGACGCCGUCGAGCUCCACGGGGGCCGCAUCCGGGAGGUGGUGGCGGCGCGCCUGCGACCGCGCAUGGAGCGGCUGAAGGAGUCGCUGCAGAAGGUGGAGAUCUCCCAGGAGGCUCUGCAGGCCCGCGUGGACGCGGCAGCCAAUGAGGUGAGGGCGUUUGCGCGGGCCUACGCCAGCGUGGUGGAGGACCACUGCCUGUCUCUGCAGCACCGCCUGGAGGAGCUCCACGUCCAACGCCGCAGCCAGCUCCACCUGCAGCAGGCGCAGCUGCAGCAGGCGCUGCUGGACGUGGGCGGCGCCGUGGACUUCGCCGAGCGGCUGCUGAGCCGCGGCUCGGACGUGGAGGUCCUCAGCGCCAAGGGAGUGACCCUGAGGAGGCUCACCGGCCUGGCGGAGACGGGCUACGACCCCCACCCGGCUACCAUCGCCCCCGACGACGGCGGCGGCGUCGUCUUCGUGGCCGGCGAGCCGGCGGGGGAGGUGGGGGGCUUCCCGCUGGUCGGGGCGAUCCACUCCAUGGCGGUGGACCUCGCCAGGUGCUCCGUGGAAGGAGAAGGGCUGCAGAGGGGCGUGGAGGGCGAGCGGGGCCACUUCACCCUGGUGUGCAGGGACUCGGCGGGGAAGCAGGUGCAGCGCGGUGGGGAGCACGUCCUGGUCAGCGUCGUCCACAAGGAGAAGGAGGACUGCGCGUUGGAGGUGACGGUGUCCGAUGGCGCAGACGGAUCCUACGGAGUCUCGUACGCAGCCGGGGAGCCGGGGCCGUACGCCGUGGGGGUCUGUGUCAAAGGUCAACACGUCAAGGGUUCCCCCUUCGCUCUGCAGGUGAAGAGGAAGUUGAGGCGUCACGGCGGGACGUUCCACUGCUGCUCCUUCUGCUCCAGCGGAGGAUCCAAAGAGGCUCGCUGUGGCUGCGCGGGGUCCAUGCCAGGGGGGUUCAAAGGCUGCGGUCACGGGCACAGGGGACACCCCGGGAGGCCUCACUGGUCGUGCUGCGGCAGCACGGCGGAGCGGUCCGAGUGUUUGCCCCCCAGCGUGGUGGCCGCCGUCUCUCCCCGAGGACACCUGCGGACCGUCGAGCUCUGAGGAGACGAGGAGGCGAGACCUUCACCUGGGGGCCUCAGGAACAGCUCCUGCAUCCUUUCUGCAGCUCCUGCAUCCUUCUGCACCCCCUCCAGCCUUCUGCAGCUCCUGCAUCCUUCUGCAGCUCCUGCAUCCUUCUGCAGCUCCUGCAUCCUUCUGCAGCUCCUGCAUCCCUUCUGCACCCCCUGCAUCCUUCUGCACCCCCUGCAUCCUUCUGCACCCCCUGCAUCCUUCUGCAGCUCCUACAUCCUUCUGCACCCCCUGCAUCCUUCUGCAGCUCCUACAUCCUUCUGCACCCCCUCCAGCCUUCUGCAGCUCCUGCAUCCUUCUGCACCCCCUCCAGCCUUCUGCAGCUCCUGCAUCCUUCUGCACCCCCUCCAGCCUUCUGCAGCUCCUGCAUCCUUCUGCACCCCCUCCAGCCUUCUGCACCUCCUGCAUCCUUCUGCACCUCUCAGCGGUGUUCAUGUUUCUUAAGUUCUUUGCACCUGGAAGCUGCUGUCAUUUUCAGAAAGGGGCUGAACUCAGUUCUUAAUGUCUUCAGUGUAGAAAGUAACGUAGAAUUUGCAAGUUGUGGAACUUUAUUACUUUUGCAUUUUUAUACCGAGGAAAGUAUAUUUUGUGAUCUAGUGCUUUACAAUUGUAAUUCUGUAAUGUAAAGAUAAUUAUUCUUAAAAAUCCACACUGAAGACUGUUAUACAAGAGAACAGAUGCUUUGACAUUAUAACAAUCUUUCAUUAUUAUUACUUUAUUAAUGUCUUCAUGGCUUCUGUUUCUAUCUCGCCUCCUGCAAGGCGCUUUUUAAUAUUAACCAUAUGAUACAUCCCACCAAACGUGCCAUAUUUAACAUGAAACCACUACUAAUAGCUGAUAUGAUUAUAUAUAACAUGAGCAGAGCCACAUAAUGUUUGUUAUAUGCUGCUGAUGGAAAGUUUAAUAAAGAAUAUUAAAGAUGGACGUUAUGCUGUAGUUCACUUGCAUUCAUCUCAGACGUUCGUCAAUAAACACUUUUUUACACACUU